AUGGCAGGAUGGAUCUGCCUGUCUUUGCAUUUAAAAACUGGAAAUUUUGUUACAAACACUGAUAACUUAUCUUCUGUUUUUUACUUUCUGAUGGCUCUUUGUAAGAUUUUUAUCUUUAGGCUUCUUUUAUUGACAGGUUUGUGUCUAGCAGGCGGCACGGUCUCUGACAGCUUUAAAGAAUGCAGUCAGUUCUUUUACAUGCAUACAGCACCCACAGGUAUCCGAGGGGGCAAUCUGAAGAGGAUAUGCCAACGCUAUGGAGAUAAACUAUGUUAUGCCACACUGUAUGACGGCAGUCGUCGACUGGCACUUUAUUCGGCUUACACCUUCAAAAAGUCAGAUGGACAGAGGAGGAUGGACACACCCUGGAUGUAUGAACCACAGCUGGUUUCUGCUGACGAAAGCGGAAGCAUGAGAGAGUUGCCCUCUAGUGGUGAAACCGAUCAACUGCUUGAGGAGAGCCAGGCUGUGCUAGCAGACUAUGUUGAUGCAGUGGAGUUUGAGCGUGGCCCACUUAACCCUGACCAGCACCAGGCAGACAACCAAGAUAAAGCAUCUACCUAUACACUCACAAAUGUGGUGCCUCAGAUCACAGACUUAUUAGAGGGUCCUUGGGCCGUGUAUAUUGAUACAGUGCGCCGCCGCCUGAAUAACUUCUGUCGUGGUGCUGCCUAUGUGGUGACUGGGGUGACUGUAUCAGGGGUGACCAUCAGAAGAGGAAGAGAGGACCGCAUGGCCGUCCCAAAGCACUUGUGGUCCGCUUAUUGCUGUCCACGGUUUGAUCGAAAUUCACCCUAUGAUGUACGAUACAUGUUUCCCACUUAUGCAGCAUAUGCUUUGAAUGAGAUAGUGGGACACAGUGUUACAGAAGUGCCUUUGAAAGCUUUAGAGACCUUCCUGAAAAAUCAGACAGGCAUGGACAAAAGCGUGAGCAUCUUUUUCAAAGACUGUCUCACAGAAAAUACACAUACCAAUAGGAAGUGA